GCGUUCACUUGCUGGUCCAUGGCACUUUUGAGACCUUUGAGACUCCGAACCCGCAGUUCCUUUUUUGCCCUUUAUCCUCUGUCAUUGUUGGCUUCUGCAGUUGAAUAUCUUUUUUAACAACCAAAGUUACGCGCUAGCCAAACUCUGGGAUAUGGCGAACGACGAUUCUCAAUCGGCUCUACUUCUGAGAAAGCAGUUGAAAGAAUUAACCAAGAAUCCUGUUGAAGGGUUUUCAGCGGGGUUAGCAGAUGAUAACAUAUAUGAAUGGGAUGUCAUGAUGGUCGGCCCCGAAGGCACUCUUUACGAGGGAGGCUUCUUCAAAGCGCGCCUCUCGUUUCCCACAAAUUAUCCACAGAUGCCCCCUAAGAUGAGAUUUAUCAGCGACAUGUGGCAUCCAAAUGUAUAUGAGAACGGAGAAGUGUGCAUUUCUAUACUUCAUCCUCCAGGGGAUGACAAAUGGGGUUAUGAGUCAGCAUCAGAGAGAUGGUUGCCAAUCCACACAGUUGAGACUAUCGUGUUGUCUGUAAUCAGUAUGUUAUCGGGGCCGAAUGACGAAUCUCCUGCAAACAUUGAAGCGGCUAAACAAUGGCGGGAAGAUCCGAAAGGUUUCAAACGGCGUGUGCAGAGGACCGUUCGCAAAAGUCUGGAGGAUUAGCAUAUAGCAUUCGCGCGCAUGCAAGAGGUAGAUAGAGCUGCGAGCGGUUUACCCCACCGGCUACGUGUACCGUGGCUGUAGAUGUGUUGGCAGUUCAGUGUAAUAGCAACGAGCAGUUUUCAAUCCAGUUAGAUAUGUGAAAAUGGAGCAUGUGUAGCUCAGAUGGGAUGAGUGAUUUACAUGAGCUAUCUAUCUAGCUAUCUCUAGAGAGUUCUGAGAAUUCCAUGCUUAAUUUACAACAACAGCACAAAUUCAUCC